GGACAUGACGGUGUUGACAACAGUCGCCGGGCUGUUUGUUGCCACUGCGGAGCCUUUUGUUCGGUUUGAUGCCCACUUUUCCUAAUUCCUGCAAAUAAGAACGGCAAACAGCAUUUCAGUACCGUUAAAGAUAUCAGUAGUACUCAAAACGUUUAAACGAAUCUCGUUUCCCAAUGUCGAGGAAACACACAGCUCCAGAGGGUACAGCAAUGGCGACAGCCUCCAUAAGCCAUUAAAGCCGCCCCGAUGUCAAAUUACCACCUAAAUUUGGGUACAUGUGAAAGGGGCAUGCAUUUGUAAAAGCAUAAGUUUAUUCGGUCCAAAGAAGCCUCAUGGAACCUGUGGAACAGAGUAAUGAUGUGGCGCUGGACAUUAUCAUUACGAACGUGGUUUCUGUCUUUAGAACCAGGUGCCAUCUGAACCUCCGCACCAUUGGCCUGGAGGGGAAUAACGUUAUCUAUAAGCCAGAAGUUGGAAAAGUUCUGAUGAAGCUACGGAAACCUCGCAUCACUGCCUCCAUAUGGUCAUCAGGGAAAAUCAUUUGCACUGGAGCAACAAGUGAGGAUGAAGCUAAACUCGGAGCCAGAAGGUUAGCCCGCUGCCUCCAGAAGAUAGGUUUCAAGGUGAGGUUUUCAGACUUCAAGGUUGUAAAUGUCCUGGCAGUCUGCUCUCUGCCUUUUCAGAUCCGUCUCAUUGAGUUCACUAAGAACAACCGUCCCAUUGCCAGUUAUGAGCCUGAGAUUCACCCUGCUGCAUCAUACAGAAUCAAAAACCUCAGGGCCACAGUGCAAGUGUUCUCUACAGGCAGUAUAACAGUAACAGGACCAAAUGUUCAGAAUGUUGCCAUGGCUGUGGAACAGAUAUAUCCUCUACUGCUUGAGUGUCAGAAAACACUGGUGUAAAAUACACAAACACACACACACAUGCACCGUCUGAAAUGAAGAAGCACCUUAUGAGUGAAUGUGUUUGUGUUCCAAGACUUUAAACUGUUGUACUGUACUGCACAGCUCUUGUCAGUUCAAGUCUGAGCAGGCCUGGGUUGGUUGCCCUUUGAGCUCUGACCUCUCACAGAACAUUGGACACUUUUGUAAAGUUCAGUAAAAGGCCUCGUCAUCCUGUAGUUCCUAAGUAUUUUAGUGCAUGGUCACCAAAGUGGAUCUGUCAAUGAAAAACAGUGACUAUAUUUUAUACAGAGAUGGAAGCAAGUUUUACUGGAGUGAUGCCUGGUGAUAGACGAGGUUGGAGGAUAGAGGUUGAAGGGCAAACACCUUAGAGACAUUAAACAGGAUAUGAUGUACUAUGAUGUAAUUUACCUACUGCAUUCUGUUGAACUAGAUUGUGAGACCGUCUGCGGUAUACAUGUUUAUGUAAAUGUUCUCAUUUUGUAUUUUAUAAUAAAGAACAAAUAAAAUAA